CGUAAAAUAAUGUUGGGUGUGAUCAUUUUCAGGGGGAAGUGACUACUCCGAUGUGACAUUACGGCCGCUGGAAAGAGAUAAAACCUUAACAGCUUUCCGUGUACUUCUCAACAAAUUGAUUAUGUCUUCAAGGGAAUUUGAGAGUGCCACCUUCGACCCAGAGCAGUACAUUGAGCAGCUUGCAUGGCGUACACAGGGCGGGGACUCCAAGGAAGGGCCCCAAGACUUUGAUGCCAAGAAGAUGCUAAGGGCCUUUGAGAACACCAUCGAGGAGCUCAAGUUGCUCAGUAUGAGAAUGGAGGAACGAACCGGAAAGCUGGAUGCAAAUAUUCGGGCUGAGACCAAGAGUCAUGCCAAGAGGGUUGCACAACUCCAGGAGAAUAAUAAGAUGGCCUUUCUCCACUUUCAAGAGCUGGAUGAUCACAUUAAUAACGUGGCUACUAAAGUUGUUCAUCUUGGUGACCAGCUGGAAGGAGUCAACACACCAAGGGCCAGAGCAGAGGAGGCAAAGAAACUUAUUGAAUAUUUCUCUGAGUUUCUUGAUGACUACGGGCCGAAAGCUGAAGUGUUUAAUGAUCCAUUUCAGCUCCAGGAUGCAGCCGAUAUUAUUCAGAAAUUGCAGCUGAUAUCACAAGAGCUUCCUCAAGAACAAUUUGAAAAGCCAAAGAUGAGAAUACAAGAGAAGUACAAUCAGAUUGAGGAUGAAUUGAUCACUGAGUUCCGCUCGGCAUUCCAUGAAGUGGCCACUGAAAGAAUGAGAGAACUCGCAGGAAUACUAGCUCACUUCAAGGGCUACCACCGAUGUGUCGAUGCCUUCAUUGAAGAAAGCCAAGCAAAUACAUACAUUUUCCAUGAUGUGUAUGAAGAUUUAAUCCCUUUAUGUAAAAAGGUCAAUAGCUUAGUACAUCAGGUAUUCAGCAGCCCAGAGAGUGUGAUGGGAAAGUUUGUACUCAACCUGUAUGAAGUCAAACUACAGGAACAUGUGAAAGAGAAGCUCUCCAACAAAGAUGAGGACCGGGAACACUACCUGAAGCACCUCCAUGAGCUUUAUGCACGGACAGGUCGCCUGACUGCAGCGCUGUCUGACUACAGGCUGGGCUCAGAUGCACACCUCCUCACCAGACUCACCAAGCACAUCUUCGAGAAGUACCUGCAGGGAUACAUCCAAUGUGAGGAGCUUCACCUACGAGAGAAGAUGUCUGAGAAUCUCAAGUCGUACUAUAGUGUGCUCGGACAUCAGAAGAAACUGAUUCAACAAACUGGAGGCCUUCAAGAUCUACAGAAUAAACUACGCACCAAGGCGCCCCUCCACAUUGGUUCAUCAGGUCCUCAAGUGGACUUCAAAGGACAGACUUUCCUCUCACAAGAAAUAGCCUUGAAUUUACUCAAUGAAUCCAAACAAGCAUUCAACAGAUGCCAACUGCUUUCCACCCAGUCCACCUUAUCCACUCAUGCCAUCAAAAUCUUUGACAUUCUGACUGAGUAUCUCUGCCAGGAGCACAUUGAAUACGCUCUUGAGAUCGGACUUCAGGGUAUCCCGUCCUCUGAACCUAAGAGCUUUCCACAAAUCUACUUCUUCAAUGUUGCCGGAGAGGCCAACGCUAUCUUCCAUCUUCUAGAGAAACAAUUCAGUGAUGUGCUGGUGCCGCUGAUCAGAGGCUUCACGCCUGCAUCAGAGGGAUUGUGCUUAGUAAGUUCCUCUCCAGCACACAGUGAAUGCGUCCAGAAGAAAAAGCAGAUUAUGGAGCAGAUGGAAUCCAAAACAGAAAUAGGGCUGGAAAGGACAUUGUCUACAAUUUGUGGUUGGAUCAAAUAUUUAUUGGACAAAGAGCAGAAGAAAUCGGACUUCAGACCAGAGUCAGAGGAAGGCCCGAUGGAGCUGUACUCUACUGCAUGUGCUAAGGUGAUCCCAUUCAUUGAGAAGCAAGUUGAGAACAUUAAACGUUGUCUGGAUGGCAAGAAUGUGACAGCAGUGCUGAUGGAGUUUGGCAUCAGGUUUCACCGUGUAAUCUUUGAUCAUCUUCAACAGUAUACAUACAACUCAUUAGGUGCAAUGUUGGUGAUUUGUGACGUGAAUGAAUACCGCCGUCUUGUUAAAUCCUUCAAAGUUCCGAUGGUGAAUUCGCUAUUUGAGAAACUCCAUGCACUAUGCAAUCUCCUUGUAGUAGUGCCUGAGAACAUCAAGUCUGUCAUUACAGGAGAACAACUGGGUGGCCUGGACAAGAACACCCCUAUGUCAUUUGUUCAGCUCAGAGCAGACUUCAAAGCAGCCAAGAUUGCCCAGCAGCUCAGGUAGCAAGCUCAGUACAUCAUCUCUUACCCUGAGAUACUCGCCUCUAUUCAUCCAAUAGACACCUUGCGUAAUGCGAAAUGCUACAAUGACGCUGAGGUCACACCCACGUGUUUAUGCACAAAGAACAGCUAUCGUUCAAUGAUUUGCCUCCUUUGGCUUCAGUGGGGGUGCUUUUCCAUAUCAGCUUGUGAAAUUUUUUUUUAAACUCUGGAUUCUUAGAACAAUUUUGUGUACAUACCUUUUAAGCAUAUCUUGUCAAUGGAUUAUUGCAGAUUUCUUGCCCAACGAAGAAGAUUUGUAAUGAAAUGUAAUUUAUGUUGAAUAAGUAUAGAGAUCCAUGUACAUAUAAUAGUAAUAUUGUAAAUAAUUCUAAUCAGAUUGCAUUAUCUGAAAAAUCAAUUGUAAAAGCAUAGUAUGAAUUGUAUAAUUUGUAUUGUUUCAUUUUAUUUAUGAAUUUAUUUUGUAUUUUUAUUAAUAUUGUUGUUUACCCUGACUUACUCCAGUUAUUCAGUCCUUUAUCUCCACAACAUGAUAUCGUAUGUUUUUAAUAUCUCCUAGGAUUAGUCCUACGUUAGGACUAGUCCUAACUUUUUGUGAAAUCGACCCCUUGACUUACAGAAUAACCUUUUAAUGCUCUAUAUUUUAUAAAAGCACCUGUAUGAACAGAGUUAUACUUCACAAAGCCCUAAGAUUCAUCUUAAGUUGAGUUGUCAGUAUCAUUACUAGGUACAUGUGUUAGUAUCACCAUAAUGAUUUGUAUUUUGAUUUCACGCUUUUUAAUAGCAGUUAAGAUUGAUUUGCAGUUAAGAUCAACAUUAGCUCUUUUUGAAAUCGACCCCAAUCUUAUGGGUAUUUAAGCACUGGGACCUGUUAACCUGUGGAGAAGGGGAGCUGUAUCUGUAAUGAAGCUGCAGCAAGGAAACAAGUUUAUUUUGACCAUAACAAAAUCAAUAACCAUUGUUACCCCCUCAAAAUGCCUUUUGAAGGAGAAAUACAACUAAAAGCGGAAAGACAUACCGACCGGUAGUAUUGCUACCACUCAUGCUUGGACUCAUAAUACAGAGGUGCCCCCUCAAAAGUUUCCCAUAUACUUUAGGAUUUCUCAACGGGAGUGCCCUUUGCAAAAUAAAAAUGGCCCUGCCCCUCAAUGGAUUGACUGUUUAUUAAAAAUGUGCAACAAAAUAGAAAAAUAUACACCAUUCUCUUGAUUUAUCAUUUGUUUACAAUUUCAAAUAAAAGAAUAUACAAUCAUGGAA